GUUCUAUUCCACCAUGACCACCUCUAUCCACUACGAAAUACCACCAUCACUACUAAAAAAAAAGGAAGGACAAUCUUAACUCCAUCCCAUCAUCUCUCAUUGCAUGACGGGCGACAUCAAACUGAAUCCUUUGGAGAUUCCAGAGAUCAUCUCACUUGUUGGCGAUUUCUUGGGUCAAGACGACAUCAUUAAUUGGAGAGCACUACAGAACAACAAGGAGCACAUCGAGGAGCUUCAUUUUUUUAUUCGCCUAUCAGAAGAUUACAGGUCAUUGAAAGACUGUAGCCGCCUCAAGCGGGUCAGCUACCAAAUACCGACACAUUCUUCAAUCUCGAACGACCUUCUCGAGCUCAUUAAGACCCAUAGAACCACAAUCACUCACUUUUCGGUUAUGUACGAGUAUUCGGGUUUGGGAGAAAUAUGGGAGGUACUGCUGGAAUGCACCAACCUUAGGAUCUUGGAGAUUAACAGCUCGAAUAUAAUCGAAGAAGAAGUCGAUCUAUUUUUUCGAGUCUGCAAGAAACUUAGACGCUUGGAAAUACACACUGUAACGGUCUCUCAUCUCCCUGCCAACUUCUUGAGCGACGACACGGAUACAUUUGUUUUUCCAAUUGUGAAAUUAAUCGUUGAUAAUAUCCAAAUACUCAACCCUCCAUAUCCGCAUACAUCGUCAUAUUGUCUCGGCAUGUGGACUAGGAGAUGUCCAGGAUUAGCAUCAUUGCUCUUCUAUCCCCCUCAAGGGUUGACGGACCUUAGGCUACUACAUGCUCACAACUGUGAGUUUGGACAGCUCUCCAUGCGGGAAUUACUAGCAGAGGAGCAGGAGGUUCUUGAGGAUGGAUACAUACGCCUGAAGGGGUCUAGGGCUACAGUGAAAGAGAUUACUUGUGGCGCAGAAUGGGCCAGUACCGGCCUCAUACAUUUGGCCAUCGACCUUGAAGCAGAUGUUAAUCAAGAGACUACAGAAGGCAUGGAGAUGCAGCGUGUUGUGUUUAGACAAAUAGGCAGGUUGACUCGACUGAGGAUCCUUGAGCUGACAGAUUGGUUUUCACAAUCGGAGAAAAUCAAGACACUAGACUUGAGGCUAAGAGCGGGUCUAGAUGAACUAGUCGACCUGAAGAGUCUACUUAAUUUAUUUUUCUUACGCGAUAAGCAUCAACAAAUGCAGCUUGAGGAUGCAACGUGGAUUCUAGUGGUGCCGAGCUUUCAGUACCAGCGCCUUUUAGGGUGUGCUGUGGGAAAUGGUCUGGCCAUUAUGGAGUUGCUCGAGAGGCCUUUGCCAUCUAGUCAUCAUGCCCAGGAGGCGGGCUGGCCGGUUGGUCAUUAA